CGAAACGCAAAAGCUUCAGUGUUCAUUUGCCAACCGUUGGCUUCGGUUCUGGUUCUCGGUGGCGCUCUAACUUGUUUUCAAUAAACCGUUUCUUAUUUUUUGCUUUCCACACUGCCAAAUACUUGUGGCCUGCUGCAGUCUACACCGCAUUUACCGCUUCAAUCCGUUUAAAUCAAUAAAUCUUUGUAGGCAUUUCUGCUUCGGACUGCAAGUGAGAUAAAAAAAUUCAAAAAAAGUCCGAAAAAACGUGCUAAGCACACAUGAAUUCAUUUGUGCUGUAGAAACACGUGGAUUCUCAGCGAGCGAGCGAGCGAACGAGACACGAUCACAUUUUGCUAAACACCGCGCACGCACAAACACACACACACGCGCUGGCAAACAAAUGCUUUGUUGUUUUUGUUGCUUACUUAGUUGAACAAGUAAUACAAAGUGACGUUAUUGAUUUAUUUGAAUAAUAAAGAAAAGGAAGGAAAAAGAUUAGAAAAGAAAACGUUGCGCGAAUCGCGCACAUUAACGACAAUCUCGCGCUUGACAUUUUGUGAAAAUCAAUUUCAAUUGGAAUACGCACAUUUACCGGAAGUGUCAAAUUUUAUUGCUUCACCAACAAAUUGGACAAAUAAAAAAUUGAAUUUUUAUUAAAAAAAAAAGUUGUUGAAAAAGUCACCUAAAUUUCUGAAAAAAUGUCCUCGAAACAAACACUCGUUGGCGGCAAGCAACUCUUGGUGGUUGGCAGUGGCGGUCGCGAGCACGCGAUUUGCUGGAAAUUGUCGCAGAGCGAGCAAGUGGUCAAAAUCUAUGCGUUGCCCGGCAGUCAUGGCAUUGCUCAAGUGCCCAAGUGCUCUAAUCUGAGUGGCGUAAAUGCGAAAGAUUUUCAGGGCAUCGCCAGCUGGUGUAAGAAGCAGUCAAUAGAUUUGGUCAUUGUUGGCCCAGAAGACCCUUUGGCUAAUGGUCUUGGUGAUGCUCUCAAUAAGGCUGGUGUACGCUGCUUUGGCCCCAAUAAACAGGGUGCUCAAAUUGAGUCUGAUAAGAAGUGGGCUAAGGACUUUAUGUUGCGUCACAGCAUACCGACUGCUCGUUAUGAGUCCUUUACCGAUGUGAAUAAGGCUAAGGAGUUUAUAAAGAGCGCACCCUACAAGGCGCUCGUUGUUAAAGCUGCCGGUCUCGCCGCUGGGAAAGGUGUCGUAGUUGCAGCAAACCCCACCGAGGCAUGUCAGGCGGUUGAUGAGAUAUUGGGUCAACGUAAAUACGGCAGUGCCGGUGAAACCGUGGUCAUUGAAGAGCUUCUUGUAGGUGAGGAGGUCUCCGUACUCGCCUUUGUCGAUACACAACACGCACAGGCCAUGCUGCCCGCACAGGAUCACAAGCGGCUGCGUGAGGGCGAUGAAGGCCCAAACACCGGCGGCAUGGGUGCCUAUUGCCCUUGCCCCUUAAUACCGCCUGCCGACUUGGAGCGUAUUAAUCGUGCUGUGCUGCAAAAAGCUGUUGACGCGCUACGUCAAGAGGGCAUACACUACUGCGGUGUACUCUAUGCGGGUCUUAUGUUAACCGCCGACGGUCCUAAGGUUUUGGAGUUCAAUUGCCGUUUUGGCGAUCCCGAGACGCAAGUCAUUUUACCUUUACUCGAGACUGAUUUGUAUGCGGUGAUGAGCGCUUGCUGCGAGAAUCGUCUGAAGGAAGUAACACUGCAGUGGCGUGAGGAUGUAAGUGCCGUGGGUGUGGUCAUGGCCAGUGCUGGCUAUCCAGAGACCUCGACAAAGGGUUGCAUUAUCGAGGGUUUGCCGCCAAAUACGGCUAAUGAGCUGAUCUUUCAUAGUGGCGUAGCGGUGGGCAAGAACGGUGAGUAUCUGACCAAUGGUGGACGUGUCUUGAUAGCGGUGGCACUGCGUAAGGACUUACGCCAAGCUGCGGCGGAUGCCACGAAAAUAUGCCAAGGCGUGACGUUCUCUGGCGCUGGCGCACAAUUUCGCACGGACAUUGCAGAGAAAGCUUUCAAAAUGCUGAAGUUGGAGCCGACAAUACUUAAGGCGCUCUCCUAUAAGGAUAGUGGCGUUGAUAUUGACGCAGGCGAUGAUCUGGUGCAGCGCAUCAAACCGUUAUCGCGUGGUACGCAACGACCUGGCGUUGUAGGUGGUCUGGGCGGUUUUGGUGGGCUGUUCCGCCUGAAUGAGCUGAACUAUAAGAAACCCGUCAUCUGUGAGGCCAUAAACGGCGUGGGUACCAAGAUUAAGUUGGCGCUCGAGCAUGAAACGUACGAAGGCAUUGGCUAUGAUCUGCUCGCCAUGUGCGCCAAUGAUGUGCUAGAGUCUGGCGCAGAGCCAGUUGCGUUCUUGGAUUAUAUUGCCUGUGGCAAACUGCAAGUACCCAUUGCCGCGCAAAUAGUGACCGGUAUCUCGGAGGGUUGUCGUGCAGCGGGUUGCGCGCUGUUGGGCGGUGAAACGGCAGAAAUGCCCUCGGUCUAUGAAUUGGGCAAAUAUGACAUGGCCGGCUAUUGUGUGGGCAUACUUGAGGAGGGUAAGGAACUGCCGAAAUUCAAGCAGUACGAAGAAGGCGAUCUGCUGAUAUCGCUGCCAUCGAAUGGCUUGCACUGUGCCGGCUUUCAUUCGUUGCUAAAACAAUUCGAAAUGGCCGACGUUGAAUUGUUCGAUAAGUGCGAGUUUGGCGAUGGCUCAAAAACGUUAGGUCAACAGCUUUGCGAACCCUCAAGAGUCUACGUUAAAGAAGUGCUCGCGCUUUUACGUGAGUGCGAGGUCAAAGCCAUUUCGCACAUAACCACCGGCUUACUACCGGACGUACAGCGCAUCAUACCGCCAGAUCAUGAAAUUUCCUUGGACUUUGGCGAUCUAAAAAUACCCGCGAUGUACGGCUGGUUAGCGGGUAGAUUACGUUUAAGCCCGCAGACACUUUUGGAUAAUCUAAACUGUGGUAUUGGGCUCGUGCUGGUUGUGCCAAAGAAGUGCACCGUAUGGAAGCAGGUAUUGGGUGCGGGCGCUAAGGUGUUUGGUGUGCUGAAGCGUAAAAUGCACACCUGCCAUCAACAACAUCAAAUCGAGGUGCGAAACUUUGUGGAGGGCUUAGAGAAAAUCGCCGAACGUUUUGGCGGCAUUACAGAGCGGAAUACACGCACGCUGGACGAGCCGCACGAGCGUGACUUGGCUUUGGAACUAUGCGAUGCAGCGUUGACGCAACAGCGUAAUGAAACGAUCACCACAAAACUUGGCCGACGAUUGAUGCGCGUGCCGCAGACGUACAAGGAUCCGGUUCUGGUGUUGGGCACUGAUGGUGUGGGCACUAAAAUAAAGAUCGCACAGCAAACUGAACGUAACGGCACCGUUGGCAUCGAUUUGGUGGCGAUGUGCGUGAAUGAUAUACUGUGUAAUGGCGCGGAGCCGUUAACUUUCUCCAGCUACUACGCAUGCGGUGAUUUGGUCGAAGAGACGGCAACCACCAUCACAGGUGGCGUAAUAGAAGGCGCAGCACAGGCGGGCAGCAGUUUAGUGGAAACACACAUUGCCGAGGUGCCGCUGCUUUAUCCCUCCGAAGUCUACGAUCUCGCCGGCUUCUCGCUGGGUAUUGCCGAAUACAGUCGUCUACUGCCACACACCGACCAAAUUCAAUCUGGCGACAUACUCAUCGGUCUGCCUUCCUCUGGCGUACAUAGCAAUGGCUUCAGUUUAGUGCAUGCCAUUAUGAAGCAAGCUGGCGUCACAUUCGAAGACAAAGCGCCUUUCAGUCAACGCACUUUCGGCGAGGAGUUCCUGACACCUACACGUAUUUACGUAAAAGCGCUGCUGCCGCUCAUACAAAAGGGUCACGUCAAGGCCUUGGCGCACAUAACUGGCGGCGGGUUGACAGAGAACAUACCGCGCGUGUUGCCUAAAACACUUUCCGUGCGACUGAAUGCGAAACAAUGGCACAUACCGCCUGUUUUUGGCUGGCUUUCGGCGCAAGGUAAUGUGGCGCCGCAGGAGAUGCAACGUACCUACAACUGUGGACUCGGCAUAUUAUUGGUAGUCGCGCCGGCGCACGAGCAAGCGGUGCUGGGGUCACUACAAUACCGCGAGCGCGCUACACGUGUGGGUGUGGUGCUGAAACGCGCCGAGCCCGCGGCGCCACAAGUCGUCGUUGAAAACUUCCAGUCAAGCCUGCAGCGCACACAGAAACUGCUGCGCAAGCCACGCAAACGUGUUGCUGUGCUCAUAUCCGGCACGGGUAGCAAUCUGCAGGCCUUAAUAGACGCUAGCCGCGACACAUCACAAGGACUGCAUGCCGAUAUUGUGUUGGUCAUCUCGAAUAAAGCGGGCGUCUUGGGCUUGGAACGUGCGCAGAAAGCAGGCAUACCAACUGUGGUAGUCUCGCACAAGCAGUACGCAAAACGUGAAGACUUUGACGCAGAAAUGAGCAGAAAAUUGUUGGAGCACAAAGUCGAUUUGGUGUGUUUGGCUGGUUUCAUGCGUGUGCUGAGCGAGCAAUUCGUACGUCAGUGGAAGGGUCGCCUGGUGAAUAUACAUCCGUCGCUGCUGCCCAAACAUCCCGGACUGAAGGUGCAGCAGAAGGCGCUUGAUGCGGGCGACAAAGAGUCCGGCUGCACGGUGCACUUUGUGGAUGAGGGCGUGGAUACUGGCGGCAUUAUUGUACAGUCCAGCGUGCCCAUACUGCCGAAUGAUACCGAAGAAACCUUGAGCAGUCGCAUACUGAUAGCCGAGCACUUUGCCUUUCCGAAAGCGCUACGUUUGCUAGCCACGGAUUCGGUCAAACUGAGUCAGGAGGGCCAAGUGAUUUUCACGUGAUUUUCU